UGACUCCGCUGACACACAACUCGUAAGUGGGUCGAACGUAAACAAACUGAGAGCCAAUUGCUUAAACGCCUUUUUCCGCUCGUUCCGACUCGCGAAAAGUGUUUUAUAACUGAUAACUCACCCACACAAUACACCCACCUAAUAGACUUGUAAAAUUUGUGGAGAAUUCGGGCUCUAAGGAUUUUAACCACGCAACGCUGACAUUGCAUCAGUACGCACUCUUACAGCCAUAGCGCCCGCGCGUUCCUGUGUGCGUGUGUCUGUGUUGUGUAUGCGUCUGGCCAAAAGGUCGUUUCAAGGUUACGUCAAAAGCAAAAGCGAAACUUGUGAAUACUCGUGAAUAUAUAUCGCUAGUAACUGAAAAGCCACGGAACAGAGCGGAAAGGAACAGUAGUAUUUAUAGCCACUUUGGAUAUAACAUUUGCCCAGCUCCAGCUGUAGUUCUCGGUUCUCGAGGAAAUAGUUUGGAAAACCAGGGAAACCAAAGCCCUUAUCCCCAAAACCGAUAGUGUGUGCUGUGCGUGUGUGUGCGUUACGUUAUAUACCGUUAAUAACCGAGAUACAGAUAGCGAAAAGAGAGAGUGCAUAGAACAAGUAGAACCAUGAAUUCGGAGAUUAAUCAACGCUUCCUGGCCCGCGGCUCACAGAAGGAUAAGGGCCUGGCCGUCUUCACCAGCGGCGGGGAUUCCCAGGGCAUGAAUGCAGCGGUGCGCGCCUGUGUCCGAAUGGCCAUUUACCUGGGAUGUAAGGUGUACUUCAUCCGCGAGGGCUACCAGGGCAUGGUGGAUGGCGGCGACUGUAUCCAGGAGGCCAACUGGGCCUCGGUCUCAUCCAUCAUUCAUCGCGGUGGCACCAUCAUUGGCUCCGCUCGCUGCCAGGACUUCCGUGAGCGUCAGGGACGUCUCAAGGCUGCCAACAAUCUGAUCCAGAGGGGAAUUACCAAUCUGGUGGUGAUUGGAGGUGAUGGCUCCCUCACUGGCGCCAAUCUGUUCCGUCAGGAGUGGUCUAGCUUGCUGGAGGAGCUCGUGAAGAACAAGACCAUUACCACCGAGCAGCAGGAGAAGUUCAAUGUCUUGCACAUUGUGGGAUUGGUAGGCUCCAUUGACAACGAUUUCUGUGGCACGGACAUGACCAUCGGCACGGACACGGCCCUGCACCGCAUCAUUGAGGCCAUCGAUGCCAUUUCCAGCACGGCCUACUCACAUCAGCGCACGUUCAUCAUGGAGGUCAUGGGUCGUCAUUGCGGUUACUUAGCCAUAUCGGCAGCCAUAGCCACAGAGGCUGAUUUUAUGUUCAUACCCGAGGAGCCGGUUUCGGUCACAUGGCAGGACGAGAUUUGUCUCAAGCUGCAGCAGGAGCGUUCGGCUGGCCAGCGCCUGAAUAUUGUUAUCGUGGCCGAGGGAGCCAUGGAUCGUGAGGGACAUCCCAUUACCGCCGAGGAUGUGAAGAAGGUGAUCGAUGAGCGCCUCAAGCACGAUGCCCGUAUCACGGUCUUGGGUCAUGUGCAGCGCGGUGGAAAUCCCAGUGCUUUUGAUCGUAUUUUGGCCUGUCGCAUGGGCGCCGAGGCCACUCUGGCUCUCAUGGAAGCCACCCCGGAUUCGGUGCCGGUGGUCAUUUCUCUGGAUGGCAAUCAGGCGGUGCGUGUUCCCCUAAUGGAGUGUGUGGAGCGCACUCAGGCGGUGGCCAAGGCCAUGAAGGAGAAACGUUGGGCGGAUGCUGUCAAGUUGCGUGGUCGCUCCUUCGAGCGCAAUCUGGAGACAUACAAGAUGUUGACACGCUUGAAGCCGCCCAAGGAGUGCUUCGAUGCCGAUGGCAAGGGCAUCGAAGGUUACCGCCUAGCGGUGAUGCAUAUUGGAGCUCCAGCCUGCGGCAUGAAUGCUGCCGUGCGCAGCUUUGUCCGCAAUGCCAUCUACAGGGGCGAUGUGGUCUAUGGAAUCAAUGAUGGUGUUGAGGGCCUCAUUGCGGGCAAUGUGCGUGAGCUGGGAUGGUCGGAUGUCUCUGGAUGGGUGGGCCAGGGUGGCGCCUACUUGGGAACCAAGCGCACCCUGCCCGAGGGCAAGUUCAAGGAGAUUGCCGCUCGUCUCAAGGAGUUUAAGAUCCAGGGUCUUCUGAUCAUUGGUGGCUUUGAGAGUUACCAUGCCGCCGGCCAGAUUGCCGAUCAGCGGGAUAACUAUCCGCAGUUCUGCAUUCCCAUUGUGGUCAUCCCCUCGACGAUUUCGAACAAUGUUCCCGGCACCGAAUUCUCGCUGGGCUGCGAUACGGGUCUGAAUGAGAUCACGGAGAUUUGCGAUCGUAUUCGUCAGUCGGCUCAGGGCACCAAGCGUCGCGUGUUUGUGAUUGAAACCAUGGGCGGCUAUUGUGGUUAUUUGGCCACCUUGGCUGGCUUGGCCGGUGGCGCAGAUGCUGCCUACAUCUACGAGGAGAAGUUUUCCAUUAAGGAUCUCCAGCAGGAUGUCUACCACAUGGCCUCCAAGAUGGCCGAGGGCGUCUCCCGCGGCUUGAUUCUGCGCAAUGAGAAGGCCAGCGAGAAUUACAGCACGGACUUCAUUUACCGCCUGUACUCGGAGGAGGGAAAGGGUUUGUUCACCUGCCGCAUGAACAUCCUGGGCCAUAUGCAACAGGGGGGCUCCCCCACACCCUUCGAUCGUAACAUGGGCACCAAGAUGGCUGCCAAGUGCGUGGACUGGUUGGCCACCCAGAUCAAGGCCAACAUAGAUGCCAACGGAGUGGUCAACUGCAAAGCUCCGGACACGGCCACGCUGCUGGGCAUUGUGUCCAGGCAGUAUCGCUUCUCGCCGCUGGUGGAUCUCAUUGCGGAGACUAACUUUGAUCAGCGCAUCCCCAAGAAGCAGUGGUGGCUGCGCCUGCGUCCUCUGCUGCGAAUCCUGGCCAAGCACGACUCGGCCUACGAGGAGGAGGGUAUGUACAUCACCGUCGAGGAGGAGUGUGAUACCGAUGCCGUCGCCUAAACAGGGGGAGUCCCCCGCUUCCUGCCUCCACCACGCUCUCCCCAUCGCUGCAUCCUCAGGCCAACGAGUCAUCUCUCUGUUCUCCUUCUUUUUUGCAUCCUCGAAUCUGUCUCGAUGUUCGCUUUUUGAGUCGUUUUUUGGCACCGCAUCUGCUCUAUAUAUACAACUAUAUAUACAUUUGUAUCCGUUUACCGUAUCCUUAUUAUGAUUUUACGUUUACGAUCCGCCGAACAGGUGUUCCAUGACAGCAGCAGCAGCAGCACACAUACGAAAGUAUUUCAUCACACACACGCACAAAAAUACAUAAUUUAUUUACAUAUUUCCCGCCUGUCGCCGAUUUUCUUAUGAUUUUCUCUUCAACUUUUCUCGUGUCUCAAACUUUUGAAAAGCCGUUAAAAGCCCGUUAAUAGUUGAUUCUACAUUGCAGGCAGCCGUUUUCAACAACAACAAUUACAAAAUUAAAUGUUAAAAGUAUUUACUAAAAAUAACACCGAAAAUGCGGUUCAAAAAUUCUCUUAUCUGCAAGUGUUUUUCGAGUAUUGUUAUCGAACAAAACAAUGAAAAUAUAUUUAUAUAUCGUGGCGUGCUAAAAAUACAUAAUCAAAGGAUCUGUAGGCACCAAUUUAA